UUUCAACCUUGCAGAGAUUGGCAGCAAAAUUUCAAGUGUCCUUAAAAAUCGUUUAAAAAAUAUAGAAAAUUUGAAAAUCCAAGAAAAAUGUCCUUGCAACAAAUCUUUUUCAAUGAGAAUUUAAAUUCUAGUGAAUCGCUAGGGGCCUCAGAGUUGAUCGCUCCAAGGAAAAUCGUUCCUCUAACGGAAGAAUUGCUCCACGAGAAACAUUGUACCAUUUCGGCGGAUGUGCGAGAACAGCUCAGCUCCUUCGAACAGCGGCUGCUCAACGUUGAAACAAAGAUUGAACGAAUGUACGGAAUCUGCGAAGAAUGCACCCAAAGCGUUCGGGUAGAAUUCGGUUCGGAACUGGGAAGCGUGGUGAGUUGCCUCUCACCGUCUGGAAGUGAAGAGGAACAAGAACGGGAAAUCUUCAAAUAUAUCAUGGAAGAAGGAGAAGAAGUAGAAUACAACAAGGAAGUUUUGGUUGCUCCGACGAACUCACUCACGGAGCUGUACGACCGUACAAAGGCCGAAGAAAGGGUGCGGGAAGCGAACUUCCGGCGAAUGCGUAAGAAUAAACAGUUCCGCGAUUUACUGUUGAAUGGGGCUAUUGCGCAUCCCAGUUGCUGUCCGCGCAGCCAAGACGAACUACCAACCAGUUGCUCGGGAAAUGCUGUUGAAACUAAAAAGAUCUGCAAAUUCAAAUGAGACUUUGAAACAUUCAUCAUUCACUUUUCAACAUUGUUCGAAUCAUCGAAAUUCUUGCUGGCAAUAAAACCCCCCGAGUCCAUUCCCAAAGCUCAACUCGUUUUCAAUUCUCCACACAGUUGUGGCGGGCAUGAAUCAGUUCGAAGGUUGGCGGUUUAGAUAGAUUGUGUUGUUCAUACAG